ACUGAAAGAGCACACUUAAACUAGAGCUUUGUAAGAGAGAGAUUGAUCGAGAGAUUGAGAGAGAUGGAACAGAGAUCUGGGAACAAUGAGUACAACCGUGGUGGUGGUGGUGGACGAGGUCGUGGUGGUGGUGGAAGAGGUCGUGGCGGUGGGAGAGGUGGGGCCCAGGCGGGGUACCAGCAAGGCGGUGGUGGUGGGAGAGGUGGGGCCCCAAUGGGGUACCAGCAAGGUGGGAGAGGAGGUGGUGGUGGGCGAGGUGGGCCGCCAAUGGGGUACAAUCAGCAACCGGUUCGCCCGUGGGAGAACCGGCCGGUUCAAGGUGGACAGCAGCAGGGAGGGAUGAACCCCCGCCCGGUUCACGGUGGACAAAACCCUCGUCCGGUUCAGGGUGGGAUGAACCCGCAACCGGGUCAAGCGUGGGGAAACCGUCCGGUUCAGGCUCCGGUUCAUGGUCGGGAAAACCGGCCGGUUCAGGGAUGGGCACAGCCGCAGCAAUUUGGUGGGCCAUCAUCAGUUGAAGCUGCUCCUGAAGAUGUUCCUGUGACAGGUAUGAAAUCAUUGCAAAUUUCGGACAGUCCAUCUCCUGCCCUUGCUACAACUCCAGGGAACAAGCUUCUGCCAAUGAGGCGUCCUGAUAGAGGGGGCAAAGUUGCAGUUAGGUCAACCAGGCUUCUUGUCAAUCAUUUUCCUGUAUCUUUCAAUCCGCAUAGCAUAAUUAAGCACUAUGAUGUGGAUGUUAAGCUGGAUGUUGCUCCAGGGAGUAAGCUUGUAAAGAAACCUGUUCCAAAAUCUGAGUUACGGUCAAUCCGAGAAAAGCUAUUCGCUGAUAGGGCUGAGAUAUUGCCAAUGGACCAAACUGCAUAUGACGGUGAGAAGAGCAUUUUCAGUGCAGUUGACCUGCCUACAGGGUCAUACAAGGUUGAAUUAUCUGAUGGGGAGGACUCAAAAAGUCGCACAUAUACAUUUACUAUUACUCUUGUAAAUGAGCUUAAACUGUCUAAACUGAAGGAUUACCUGUGUGGAAACCUUAUCCAUAAGCCUUCUGAGGUACUAAAUGGAAUGGAAUUGGUCAUGAAGGAGAAUCCAUCUAGGCAAAGGAUCUGUUUUGGUCGGAACACCUACUCCAGAGAGUAUGGGAGAGAGGAUGACCUAAAGGGUGGUCUCGCCGCAAGUAAAGGCUUUCAACAAAGUUUAAAGUCCACAUCCCAGGGACUGGUCCUGUGCCUGGACUACUCAGUUUUAGCAUUCCGGAAGCAAUUACCGGUUUUGGAGUUCCUUACUGAGCACCUGUGUCUCCGAGGGAUUAAUGAUAUAAACAAUUGUAAAAGAGAAGUGCUUAAAGCAUUGAAGGGGUUAAAAGUUACUGUAACUCAUCGUCGUACAAAACAGAAAUUCACUGUAGCAGGAUUAACGACAGAAAGCACUCGGAACUUAAAAUUCCCUCUUGAGGAUCCCGAGGGAAAUGAACCUCCUCGUGAAGUUACCCUGUUAAGUUAUUUCCAGGAGAAAUAUGGUAUUGAUAUUAGAUACAAAGAUAUUCCAAGCCUAAAUGUGGGGAAAGGUAAAAGGCAAAACUAUAUACCUAUGGAGUUUUGCGUCUUGGUUGAAGGACAGAGGUUUCAGAAGGAGAAUUUAGAUAGAAAUGGUGCCAUGUUGUUGAAGAACAUAUCAGUAGCUUCUCCAUUUGAUAGAAAGAACAAUAUCUGCAGAAUGAUUAAUGCUGGAGAUGCACCUUGUGGCGGUGACAUUGUGAAAAAUUUUGAAAUCGGAGUUAACAAAAACAUGACAUCAGUAGCAGGUCGUGUCAUUGGGCCUCCUGAUUUGAAGCUUGGCACACCAAAUGGUCAGAUGAAAGUGAUUAAAGUGGACAGGGAGAAAUGCCAUUGGAACCUUGUGAGCAAUUCUGUGGUAGAAGGAAAAUCACUUGACCGAUGGGCUUUAUUAGAUUUCAGCUCAGCAUCUCGCAGAAAUAGGCUGAAUCCAGAAAAGUUUGUUUGGAGUCUUAGAAGCCGAUGUGAAAAGUUAGGGAUGCAUACAGAAGAACCACUUGCAUACCGAUCCACAAAUAUGCAGGCAUUUAAAGCUGUGAACAACCUCAGAGAUCUUCUUGGUUAUGUGGUUGAGGAGGCUAGUCGAAAUAGCAAUGGCCCAUUACAAUUGAUUAUCUGUGUGAUGGAUGGAAAAGAUUCUGGUUACAAGUCCCUUAAAUGGGUUUCAGAGACCCAAAUUGGGGUAGUAACUCAAUGUUGCUUGUCGGAACAUGCUAAUGCAGCGAAGGACCAAUAUCUGGCAAAUCUUGCCAUGAAGAUAAAUGCUAAGAUUGGAGGCAGCAAUGUAGAGCUCACCGAGCGGCUUCCCCUUUUAGGAGGUCAAGAUCCUGUUAUGUUUAUCGGUGCAGAUGUGAAUCAUCCUGGCGCAAUGAAUGGGACUUGUCCAUCAAUCGCAGCAGUAGUGGGCUCAGUCAAUUGGCCAGCAGCUACUCGCUAUGCUGCACGAGUUAGUCCCCAAAGUAAUCGCAAGGAGAGAAUAGUGAAUUUUGGAGGGAUGUGCCUGGAUUUGGUUAAUUCUUUUGCUAAAAUUAACCGAGUAAAACCAAAGAAGAUUAUAGUUUUUCGUGAUGGAGUAAGUGACAGCCAAUUUGAUAUGGUUCUAAAUGAGGAGUUGCGUGAUCUGAAAGCAGCUAUAUACGAGGAGCACUAUAAGCCCACAAUCACUCUCGUUGUAGCUCAAAAGCGUCAUCAUACUCGUCUUUUUCUCGAGGAUCAAGGAGGAGAUAAACGGCGCAACAUCUCCCCAGGGACGGUUGUGGACACUGUUGUUGUGCACCCAUUUGAGUAUGAUUUCUACCUGUGCAGCCACUAUGGACAACUUGGAACAAGCAAGCCAACUCACUACUAUGUUCUUUCUGAUGACCAUAAUUUUACAUCUGAUCAGCUGCAGAAGCUCAUAUAUCAGAUGUGCUUCACUUUUGCUCGAUGCACUAAACCUGUCUCCCUUGUGCCACCUGUUUACUAUGCUGAUCUUGUUGCAACUAGGGGAAGGAUGUUUCAAGAGGCGAUGUUGGAGCAGUAUCCCCCUUCAAACAUGUCAUCAAGUUCUUUGGUAUCAUCAGCCUCUUCUUCUGCUUCAUUUGAUGAUGCAUCGUACAAGCUUCAUGCAGCUCUUCAAGAUAUCAUGUUCUUUAUCUGAAGUCUUCAUUCCCGAGUGAGGCCGUGUGAUUUCUUAUGCUUUUCAUACUGGUUUAGGAAAUUCAUGUCAUCACUAAGUCCCUGACGCAGGUCUCCAUUCCUAUUUUUGCUAGAAAAGGGGUUUGUGCGCGAAUCUAAACGGGUUUUUAUAAGUUUGUUUUGGCAUCUUAGUUUUAAAACUUCGUUUGAGUGUUGCAUUGCUUCUUGUUUAGGAGUACUUGGUAUCUGCACCAGGUGGUUUCUUGUCUGCAAAUGUAUUGUGGGCAUGGUACUGUUGAGUGCUGAUCAAGUACUGUUUUAACUUCUGUUUGUGUUGGAUUUUGUGUUGAAGUCUAUUUCUAAGUUCGUGUGCUA